AAUUUGGAUCUUAGAUUUACCCUAGGAUGCCCACCUAGGCUCUAAGCAAUGGACAUUAACCAGAUGCAAUAAUAAAGUAAUACAAGCAAAAUUUCUCAAUGCCCACCUGAAGACACUGUUUUAUGUCAAUUGAAGGAACAUGGAAGCAGUGGCAAGCCACAAAUGAGUGAGCUACCACCUCAUGUCAAGCAGUAGAAGAUGCCUUCUACUCCUAGAGCAAUGCAAGACCAUGAAACAACUGAAGCAAACCCAUGCGCAAAUCAUCGCAGGUGGUCUUGGCCAAGAUAGCUUUGCACUCAGCCGGCUUAUGGCCUUCUGCUCCCACCCAAUCAGUGGAAACCUGGCCUAUGCUCAACAUCUCUUCCAACACAUCCAAAACCCAACUCUCUGCAUCCGAAACACCAUGAUCAAAGCCUUCUUACUCAAAGAAAAUUGCACCAAACCCUUGGAUAUUUAUCACAGUUUAUUGCAUGAUGGCCUUUGUCCGGACGAUUAUACUCUUCCUUAUGUGCUUAAAGCCUGCGCCAAUCUUCCGGACAUUAGAACUGGAUCGGUGGUCCACACUCAUGUCGUAAAGCUGGGAUUUUUAGCCGAUAUAUAUGUUAGCAAUACACUGAUAUCAAUGUACAUGGCCUGCGGCAACUCAAGAGCGGCGAGGGAAGUGUUCGAUGGAAGUCCCCAACGAAAUGCCGCAACAUGGACUGUAAUGAUUUCAGGGUAUUCCAAGCUGGGGGAAGUUGCGGCAGCUCGUGAGAUCUUUGAUGAUGCACCCGGGAAGGAUAGGGGGAUAUGGGGCUCCAUGAUUUCUGGUUAUGUUCAGAAUAACUGCUUUAAGGAGGGGCUGGUGAUGUUUCGGCUAAUGCAAGCUGAAGGACUAAAGCCAGAUGAAGUUGUGAUAGUGAGUGCUCUCUGUGCUUGUGCGCAGCUUGGUGCAAUGGAUCUAGGAUCAUGGAUUCAUCGUUAUUUGAAUUUGGUUGGUUUGCAAUUGAGUGUUCGGUUGGGGACUGCUCUUAUCGACAUGUACAUGAAAUGCGGGAACUUGGUGUUGGCUAAGAAGCUCUUUGAUGGGAUGCAGAAAAGAGACACUAUAUGCUGGAAUGUGAUGAUUUUAGGCUUGGCAAUGCAUGGGGAUGGAGAGGGAGCGAUGGAGUUUUUCCAUAGGAUGCAGAAGGAAGGGUUGAGACCUGAUGACGCCACCUUUAUUGCGGUAUUGGCUGCUUGUAGUCAUGCAGGCUUGGUGGAAGAAGGUUUAAAACUGUUUAAUAGCAUGAAGACUUGGUACCACAUUGAGCCUAGAAGUGACCAUUAUGGGUGUGUGGUAGACUUUCUUGGUCGAGCUGGGCGCUUUGAAGAGGCUAAGGAAAUUAUUGAAAGGAUACCCAGUUCAAGCAGUCCGACAGAGAGAGCGGUUCAUUGGAGGGCACUGUUGAGUGCUUGCUGGAACCAUGGGGAAACCAAAUUGGCUGAAAUGGCAGCUGAACAUCUUUUACAGUUGGAAGUCCACAGUGGAGUCUAUGUUCUGCUCUCAAAUAUUUACGAGAAUUAUGGAAAACAUGAUUAUGCCAGAAGAUUAAGAAAAACUAUGAAGCAUGGAGGAGUGCAUAAAUUGCCAGGCUGCAGCUCUAUAGAACUCGGUGGAUGUGUUCAUGAGUUUGUUGCAGGUAAGCAGAUACACCCACAAAUGGAAGAAGUACACAGGGUAUUGGGGAGACUGAAUGACCAGCUGACAUGUCCAGAAUGCUGAAAGCUGAAUGGCAAUGUUCACGAAACCUAUUGACUAAACGAGUAUUCUGUAAUCAUACAGAGACUAGGUGAAUUUGCAGGUUCAGUUAAAUUUAGAUGCUAGACUGCAUGAAGUAUGACAUCUUCUCUGUUAAUACAAUACAUUUGAUCACAAAAAAUGACUUUCUAGUUUCUGUAAAGUUCAAAUCUUUGAAAUGGUAGCUUUGAAUAACCUUUCCAGGAUAGGCUACUGGAUAUUAACCUAUACAACUUUAUUCCUUGGACAUCUUGUUGCAAUUUUGUCAUUUUUUCUAUUAUCUUUUAGGGUCUUAUAAAUGACUUUUCUGCUUUGAAGG